UUACAGAAAAAGGUAUCAGAGGUGGUGUAUUGCAGUGUGUUAAUCGUUAUGCUCGAGCUAACAAUCGUUUUAUGGGAAAUGAUUUUAAUCCAAAUUUAGGUGAAUCGUACUUGAUGUAUUUCGAUGUAAACAAUCUAUGAGGAGCUGCAAUGCGUAUGUCUUUACCUGAAACUGAAGGAUUUAUUUUAGAGGUGGAUUUGAAUUAUCCAAUAGAAUUACAUGUUCUUCAUGAAGACUUACCAUUGUGUCCCGAACAUUUUGUACCUCCUGACAGUAAGCAGUCAAAAUUAGCGACAACCUUAUAUCCAAAAGAAAAAUAUAUAAUUCAUUUUAGAAACUUACAGCAAUGUCUCGAGCUAGGUACGGAGCUUGUCAAAGUUCAUCGAGUUUUAAAAUUUAAACAAUCAGCAUGGUUGAAACCUUACAUUGACAAAAAUACUAACUGUAGAAAAAAUGCCAGAAAUGAAUUUGAGAAAAAUUUUUAUAAAUUGAUGAAUAACGCGGUUUUCGGAAAGACAAUGGAAAAUGUUAGAAAGCACACAGACGUUAGAUUAGUAAAUUCAUGGACUGGUAAACAUGGUGCUAAGAGUUUAAUUUCAAAACCUAAUUUCCAUAGUUUAAAUAUUUUUGAUGAAAAUAUGGCAAUUGUUGAAAUGAAAAAUUAAAAUGUAUACUUUAAUAAGCCAAUUUAUGUUGGUUUCAGUAUUCUCGAUUUAUCAAAGAUUUUUAUUUAUGAUUUCCACUAUAAU